AUGAAAAUUGCUAUCGCUUUGAGUUUUCUCACCGUGGCCCUGGCGGCCCCAACGAGGACUCUUGAGUCUCGUCAGCAGUCUGAUAUGUCAUCGAGCUCUAAUAUGGGCUCAUCGGGCUCAACGAACUCUAAUAAGGACUCAUCUAGCUCUAAUAUUGGAUCCACGAGCUCGAACAUGGGUUCAACUGUGCCCAUGCCCUCCAAUAUUCCGGGUAGUGUUCCCGGCGCCGACGGCAGCAGCGAUAACAGCGGGGGCUCUAGUAGUUUCAGUGGUAGCUUCGGCAUUAUCCCACCUGACUUGAGUAGCUUGCGCAGCUUGCUUGGAGGCAGUGGCCUCGACCUGAGCAGUCUGUUUAAUGGGCUUAACGGCGGCAGCGGUGGUAGCGGUGGAGGCAGCGAGGGCGGCCUGUCCGGUCUGAGCAAUCUGCUUCCUGGUGCCGCUGGCGGCGGCGGCGGCGACCAAGGUGGCAGUAGCAGUAGUAAUACCACCGGCGACCUGUCUAGCCUGUCCGGUCUCACGAGCGGUGGCAACGGUGGUAGCGGUGGUGCCGGUGGUGCCAAUCCUCUGAGCCGUCGCGAUGGAUUCGUAUCGCUGUUCUCUCGGAAACGUUCCAUGUCCUCCACGGCCAACGAUGUGACCGACCACAAGGACUGCCAGGAGCUGACGUUCCUAUUUGCACGCGGUGCCGCCGAACCGGGGAAUAUGGGAACGGUGGUUGGGCCGGAUCUGGCGAAGCAGUUAACCAAGUUGACCAAGAACAAGGUCAAUGUGCAGGGGGUGGAUUAUCCCGUUUCUGCAGAGAACGACGCCUCUUUGGGCGCAGCAGGCGGCCGCAAAAUGGCUUCCCUGGUGGAAGACGCACUGCAGCAAUGCCCCGACACCAAGGUGGUCCUGGGCGGGUACUCGCAAGGAACGACGGUGGUGCAUAACGCGGCCAACAAGCUGAGCAAGGGCCAGGUAGCCGCCGCAGUGCUCUUUGGCGAUCCGUACCAGAUGAGGCCUCUGGGCAAGCUGGACGAUUCCAAGGUGAAGGAGUUCUGUGCCGUGGGAGAUCCUGUUUGCCAGAAUGGAGACGUUGCUAUGGCGCAUAUGUCGUAUGGCAAGAACGCGAAGGAGGCGGCCAAGUUUUUGCUGCGGGCUGCAGAGAUCUCUGCUUAA